AUGAAGCUGAUUGGCGCACAUCUUUCAAUAGCGAAAGGUCUUCACACUGUGCAGAAACAAAUGGACAUUUUGGGUUGUGAAACUUGUGCAAUAUUCUUAAAAAAUCAGAGGAAGUUUGAAUCUUCUGAACUAAGCUUGGCGGAAAUUGAAAAAUUUAGAAAAACAGUGAGGAAUCCCACAAUAAUUCUACCGCAUGGCUCAUAUUUGAUCAAUUUGGCCAAUCCUGAUACUGUAGAGAAAAAUAUGACAUGUUUUUUGGAUGAUUUGAGGAGAUGUCACAAGCUAGGAAUACAACUGUAUAAUCUCCAUCCAGGAUCGGAUACUAAAAAGAUAGGGACUGCAGCAGCCACUAAGCUUAUUGCCGACAAUAUAAACAGAGCCAUGGAGGAAGUUCCUAACAUAUCAAUUUGUAUUGAAAAUAUGGCUGGACAGGGGAAUGUCCUAGGAAAGACCUUUGAGGAACUAAGAAUGAUAAUUGAUAAUGUAAAAGACAAGCAAAGAAUAGGAAUAACAUUGGAUACAUGCCAUUUAUUUGUUGCAGGAUUUGAUAUUAGAACAGAUGAAUCUUUUGAGAAGUAA